GUUUUGAAAUUUUAUUAAUUGGUAAUAAAUCUGGCCAUUCAAUAUAUUUUGUGGUUGUGACUGUAAUGUGUGGUAAUUUGGCCGCUGUUUUGGGCUGGUGUUCGGGGUUCAGAUGCUCCUCUGCCUCUUAGACACCGCCAUCUUAACCAAGGAAAAAUGUUCAGCAGACUGUGGGACACGGCAAAAAAUUCGCCAUUUUCUCGGCCACUGGAAGCUCAUUGUGAUGCACCAAAUAAGGAACUAAUUUCAGGAAGGAGUAUAUCUGCUGCUGAUGUAGAAAAUUACAGUUGUGAAUAUGGCUCAGGGAAAUUUUAUCUACUGUGUGCUUUUGGCGGACUCCUGAGCUGCGGCAUCACGCACACGGCAGUAGUACCUCUGGAUCUUGUCAAAUGCCGAAUCCAGGUUAAUCCUGAAAAGUACAAAGGAAUUUUCAAUGGAUUUAAGGUUUCCGUCAGAGAGGAAGGUUUCCGCAGUUUGGCCAAAGGCUGGGCUCCCACUUGCAUUGGUUACUCCAUGCAAGGUAUCUGCAAGUUUGGUUUCUAUGAAGUAUUCAAGAUCUUUUAUAGUAACAUUCUUGGAGAAGAAAAUAGCUACUUGUACCGAACAUCUUUGUAUUUAGCUGCAUCAGCAUCAGCAGAGUUCUUUGCUGAUAUUGCACUCUCUCCUAUGGAGGCAGCAAAGGUGCGUAUCCAAACCCAACCUGGAUUUGCGUCAACGUUACGUGCUGCAGCCCCAACAAUAUAUAGACAGGAAGGACUUUGGGGUUUCUACAAAGGUGUAGUGCCACUAUGGUGUCGGCAGAUUCCCUAUACAAUGAUGAAGUUUGCCUGCUUUGAGCGCACGGUGGAGGCCCUAUACCAGUUUGUUGUGCCCAAGCCUCGAGACCAGUGCUCAAAAAGUGAGCAGUUGGUGGUGACGUUUGCUGCUGGCUACAUUGCUGGUGUAUUCUGCGCUAUUGUCUCCCAUCCUGCCGACACCAUCGUUUCAAAGCUUAACCAAGACAAGGGCUCAACAGCAGUUAGUGUUGCAAAACAACUUGGCAUGGCAGGAUUGUGGAAGGGUCUUUUCCCUCGAAUCAUCAUGAUUGGUACCCUGACUGCACUCCAGUGGUUCAUCUAUGAUGCAGUUAAGGUAGCCCUUUUGCUUCCCCGUCCACCACCACCAGCCAUGCCAGAAUCACUCAGAUUGAAGCUUGAAGGGAAACAAUCCUAAGCUGUCUCUUCAGCAUUCCAUACCUUGGUCCCAUGUUUGCAGUCUGAAAAUUAGGUAAAUAGUAGCUAAAGAGGUUUUGGAGUUUGAGCAACUACGAUUAUUUCUUAGUUCCGAACACACGGUGUAAAGUAUAAAGAUCGCUAGCUACUAUCCUUCACUUCAAUAUGAACUGCUACGUCACUAAAUGCCUGUUUUGUUCACUGGGUAAAUUUUAACAACUUUGUUUAUGAUGCCAAAUAGCAGAGAGCAUGUGUAAUAUUUUGCAGUGAAGACUAGUGUUGGAAAUAAGACAUUAUUUGCUUAUUUUUAUCCAAUUUAUACAUAUGAUUGUGGCAUGUAAAUAGUAAAGUUAUAUAAAAUAAAAAAUAUAAACAA